AAAAUGGCUUUUGUGCGCAUACACGCAGAAGACAAUAUGCGACAACAUGUCAUUUUGAUGACUGUUCUCGUCAUACUGUUCGGUUUCCAUCGUACUUGACUUGCAAGAUUCCCAGCACAUUUUGCAGGUGGAAAAACAGAUUGCUGCCAUAAGGGAACACACUUGCAAGUCACGUUGGUACGCUUUAUUACACAGUCAGUGUCCAUGAUCCCAACAUCAAGGAGUGAAGCAGCAACGAUAUUAAAAAAAAAAAAAGAUUUGAUCAGUUUGAUGUCGUGAAGUGUGUGUUUCAAUGUGUGUGUCAGGAACUUUUGGCAGGCAUCACAAUGGCGCUCAGGCCAUUUCGAAGGCUGUCGUGCGUCCGUUUCGGUCGGCGAUACAGAAUUUUGGUCUGCUGCGCCUUCUUUGUUAUUCUUGGGAUGCUGGGCUUUAAAUACAAAGGAGAGGUGAGUCCACUCUGGUUUAUCCAAAAUGUUGGAAGGUGAUUUGAAUAGUAAGGACUAAAUUGACUAAAUUGUUUUAUUUUAUUUAUAUGUUAUUCUUUUUCUUUUCUAUUAUUUACCUUUAUUGUAUUUAUUUAUGAUGAUUAUUGAUUAUAUUACAAGAGUUAUCUGUGAGGCGCCAAAGCGAAACAAAAGGAGAGGUGAGUCGACUCUGGUUUAUCCAAAAUUUCCGAAUGUGAUUUUAACAUACACAGUGUUCUCGCUUGUUCAAUCAAUGUAUACAUCAAAUUAUUUAUUAUUUUAUUGUAUUUCUUUUUGAUUUGUAUUGUAUUUAUUUAUGAUGAUGAUUAUUAUCUGUUAUGAUUUAUCGCGGAAGGACUCUGGCACCGUCAUUGGUGAACCGCCAAAGCAAAACGUGUCGCAAGUCACACGGAAUCCGGACAGGUCUUAUCAGUUAAAUGACGUUACCAAAGAAAAGAAGAAGGUGGCCCACCGGUUGACUGACAUUUUGGAAGAACGCAAAACGGUGGGACCAUGUCCAACAUUCCACAGCAGAGAAUGUACACCCAUUCCCAUCGAUCUGGUUUACACCUGGGUCAAUGGCUCAGACCAAACCCUACUGAGGAACCUGAGGGUGGCCAAAGAGCAACUGGAUUUAGAGCAAGGAAUUCUGAGUGCCAAGCCGCAAUGCCCGCUGUCCAAAUGCGUGGUGGCACCCAUGGUGGUGUUUGAUCCUGGUCUACUGGCAAACACCACGUCUGAAGACCUAUCCGUGGCUUUGCCCUCCUUCUCCACUGCCAAGGCGGUGCUGCAAAUCUCCAAACCCCAGCAACCCUCCCACAGAGUCACCGUGGUCGUCUUCCAUUCCCAAGCUGACGCUGAAAAGGCCUUGACGGAAACGCUCCGACGCAAGACAUUACCCAGCUACAAAAGCUACCUGACCACGGACAAAGCGGCUCCGGGUCUAGUCCAAAUGGAAACCCUGGCCUACCUCCACGGCUUCCCAAACUCCUACAAGGUGUCAGAGGAACUGCGAGACAAAUUGCCGCCGGCCAUAAGGGAAAAGAUAACAGCGUUUGAGUUGUAUCCGGAGGCCAGCCUCGCUCUGCUCUUCUUCAGAACUCCACAAGACUUGACCGAUCUCCAAAAGGCUAAAAAUCAAGUGAAAGUGGAUGAAAAUCAAGUGACCAUCAGUCCUGUUCACUUAUUCUGGAACAUGAGCGCCAUCCAACAGUCUGUCCCUCCCAAAAAAGAGACCAGGGAUUCUCUGACCCCUAACCGUUUCCAGGACAACGGCGCACUCAUGUAUUCCUUACGCUCUUUGGAGAAACACGCUCCGUGGGUGCGUCACGUCUUCAUCGUCACCAACGGGCAGGUUCCAUCCUGGCUCAACCUUCAAAACCCCCGAGUUUCAAUUGUCACGCAUCAGGAAAUCUUCCUGAACAAGAGCCAUCUCCCAAACUUCAACUCCCACGCCAUCGAAAGCCACAUUCACCGCAUCCCGGGAAUCUCGCAGAGGUUUCUUUACCUCAACGAUGACAUGAUGUUUGGCAAAGACGUAUUUCUGGACGACUUCUACUCCGCGAGGCACGGCCAGAAAGUCUAUCUCGACUGGCCUGUAGGCCCUUGUUCAAAACUGUGUCCAUCGAUCUUGAUCAACAACGGGCAGUGCAACCAAGCGUGCAACAAUGCCAAAUGCCAAUGGGAUGGAGGAGACUGCAAAGGACGAAAACGCAGGUCUCUAGGCAGCACUGGUGAUGCACAGAAGUCAAGCUUCUUCUCAGAUCCUCAAACCCAAAGCGACCAGCUUGGAGAAGAAAAACAAAUGGACGCAAAAGAUUGGAACACUCCAUUGGGCAACAAGCUCCAAGAAUUUUUCCCUUCUUACAAGACAUUCCUUCAAGAACUACUUGAGGACCGUGGUCUCCAAAAAGCUCUGAGCUACGAGACCAAUGGCGCGAUGACUGGCCGAAAGCUACGAAAUACCUUUUCCGACACGCUGAACCACGUCGACAGGCUAUACAACUUAAAGUUUGGCGGCAUGAGCCGAAAAGCCAUCUCGCACGCUCCUUAUAUGAUUGACAAGCUUGUCAUGCAGGAGCUGCAGGACACAUUCCCAGGAGAAUUUCAAAAGACCUCGAGUCAUCAUUUGCGCCAUUCGGACGACAUGCAGUAUGCGUUUGCCUACUUUUAUUUCCUGAUGAGCGUCAAGCGGCCGGUUAACAUCGCGGAGAUGUUCGACACCAUCGACAAAGACCGUUCUGGCGUUCUCUCCGCUGGAGAGAUUCAAGAUCUGGUCAUGAAAAUCCACAAGCAGCCCAAACCCAAGGACUUUACAAGAUUGAAUGCUCAGUUGCGCGACUGCGCAAAAAACCGUCGGGUCACCAAAGAAGUCGUGAUGAACUGCAAGCCCGUCACAGAUGGCAUUCGCAGUGCCGUUAAAGACCAGAAGAAAUAUAGAUAUCAGGUCAUGGGGCAAGGGGAGGUCCAUUUCAAGUUGAUUCAUAAUAACCUGGCGGAGGCCGAUCGCAUUUUCAAUGACCUCCAGAGAAAUCCAAGGAAGUUCAUCUGCAUCAAUGAUGACCUUGACCACACCCAAAGCAUAGCUAUGGAAGUGCAGAAGAAGUUGGCCCAAUUUUACCAAUCAAAGUUCCCGCAACCAUCUGAGUUUGAGCUUCAAAAUUCCAACAGGUCUCCUGCACAUGAGGACCACCUUUGAUAGGAGCCGUCAUCAAAUGUGGUCAAUUCGUAAAACAGGGUGGCGCUAGCCUCUUUUUCAUUCCCGUGAAGUACUUUUGUGAAGUAUAUCUUACAAUUAAGAAUAAAUGGCAGUUGUCUUUUCAAACGA